AUAGAGCAGAGGCUGCCGCGGUUCGUGUGGUUAGAGCUGAGGACAGGACGGCGCGGAGACAUGUGCGGCUCACCCCGGGGAUGGAGCUCUAGCCUGGCGCUAAACCUGGCGCCCACCGAGGACUAAACCUGACACCGCGACCAAUGAUACUGCUGCCGGUCCCAGAUACUUCUGUACCCGCGAAGCAGAACCGGAGCCGUGAGCAGGAACCGAUUCUUCUACACUACAGAACCUCAUUUUCUAUAGGAGCCAAGAGAGAAGCUCCAAGACUUUCUACCAUGAACACCAUCAUGUUUAAUAAGCUCAGUGGUCAGGUCCUGUUUGAGGACGCCACAAGUGACCGCGAGAGGGUAGUACGGCCCUAUGUAGUAGGAAUGGAGAGCCCCAAUCCUGAUCUAGGCCUUCAAGACAGCGUCUCAGUAAAGGACAAUGCCGGCAUUAGACAUCGGCGCCCUGGCAGCUCAAGAAGCGCAAACGGUAAAGUGAGGCACAAACGGCAGGCACUGCAGGACAUGGCACGCCCGUUAAAGCAGUGGUUGUACAAGCACCGGGACAAUCCCUACCCAACCAAGACAGAGAAGAUACUAUUAGCACUUGGGUCGCAGAUGACUCUUGUACAGGUUUCAAAUUGGUUUGCAAAUGCAAGAAGACGCCUCAAAAACACUGUGAGACAACCAGAUCUGAGCUGGGCUUUGAGGAUAAAGCUGUAUAACAAAUAUGUUCAAGGGAAUGCUGAACGGCUAAGUGUCAGCAGCGAAGACUCCUGUUCAGAAGAUGGAGAAAAUGUUCCCAGGAGUCAUGCUAAUGAAGAAGUAUAUGAUAAACCCAUCCACCAUAAUGUGAUAAAUACUGAGAACUCGGUCAUCAAGUCAGGGAUGAGGGCAGAAGCUAGUGCCAAUGAAGACUACGUCUCCCCUCCAAAGUACAAAAGCAGUUUAUUGCAUCGUUAUCUCAAUGACUCCUUAAGACAUGUCAUGGCCACUAACUCAGUCAUGAGAGAAAACACAAGGCAGAGAAACCACUCAGGAUCAUUCAGCUCAAACGAGUUUGAAGAAGAGCUUGUGUCCCCCUCUUCUUCAGAAACCGAAGGCAAUUUUGUUUACCGUACAGACACCUUGGAGUCUGGACCAAAUAAAUGUCAAAGUGCAGUUAAUAAAAAAGUGGCCAGUAAGGAUGAGACGUACUGGAGGGAGAUCAAUGCAGCAAUGGCCUUAACAAACCUGGCACAAGGGAAAGACAAACUGCAGGGGACCACUAGCUGCAUCAUUCAGAAAUCAUCACAUAUAUCAGAAGUUAAGACUGUCAAAGUGCCACUAAUUCAGCAAUAUCAAUGAAAGGAACUCCUCUGCCAACCACCGAUGGAGCACUCGGGACUGGUGAUCACAACUACAAGCAUGUUUCUGCCUUAGAACAUUUCAUAGACUUUUUAAAACCAGUCCUACCAAACUUGGACUUCCAUGUAUACGAUCCUUCUACCCACUGGGUUCUACAGGACAUGUAAAUUUUUAUGUCUUUAUGGUUUUUUUUAACCAAAAUAAUAACUUAUUUUAUGCUAUGGAGCAUAAAUACUCAGCUUAUAAGUAAAACUGUCUGCCUUGCUUCUACCAUAUGUGCCUUGCCUUUCAGUAAUAAGCUAGAACGUGGGCAUGAUAUUAAAUAUUUAUGCCUUAAAUUAUGAAUGCCGUAAUUUUUUUUUUCUUUUUUAGCAUUUAGUCUUAGACUUCUUGUAUUCAGGUAACCUGAACUGAAAAGGAUUAUGUUGCCAAACACAGAAAUGAUGCAUUCAUUACGACAGACGAUUGGCAAUUAAUGAUAUGCCUUGUUGUUAUUUUCUACUGUCAGAUAAUGUAAAUUACCAGUGUUAAGAUUUGAGAUAUGAGAUAGGACUA